AUGACAACAGUCGACAGUCUUGUAAAGCUUUGCGAAUCAGAUGGGCUAUCUUUCGACCGUACAACCUAUAUCCAACAAGCUGGCUUGGACAAUAUUUUCACGGCACUCGAGGGUCAUACAAAUAUCGAGCAACUUAAGCCACUUCUAUGGGAUGACUCGGCAGAUACCAAGGAGAAGGGCUUGCUCUCGUCUCUGAAAGCCAUCGCCGAGGCAACCGACAAGUCUGUGGCCACGGCUUGGAAAGCAUGUCAUGACUCGGUCGAGGCGAUACAGAUGUUGAAAGAGAUCUGUAUCAAAACCGCAUCCCCCUCGCCAGAAGUUGAAGAAACACAAACAAUUAUUCUUGGGGCACUCAACGAGGCCUGGGAUAUGCUGAUCGGAGUAAAUGAGUCCUUGAAAAGGGCCCGACAUGGACAAGACGCAUCGACUGGCUCUUUCCUGGACUUUCUAUCCAGGCGCGAUGACACUCGGCUUGCAAAGUUUAUAACUGGUGUAGGUGCAGUAGAGGCGGCAUACGACAAACGUUCACGAGAACGGUUCUUGCUAGAAAACUUUUACGAAGCUUUACGACUUCGCAAUAUGCCAGGAUUGAAACUUUGGGCUGGGGCACAGUUCGCUGAAACCGGCCCAGUGCAGAUCAAGAACAACCUGUGGAAAACCCAUACGCAAACAUACCAACCUGACUUUAGGCUCUACACCGUGUGGCUUACUCUGGUUAAGAUGAAAAAGAUAAACCCAGAUGGGAGCAUGAAAAAUCACCCCCAACUCCUUGAUUGUGAUGAGAGACCAUAUCAGAUAGCCAGGCGAAUGGUACUCUAUGUAUCAAACGGUCAUGUUGUCCCCACCCAGGCAACCCAUAUGGCAUUACAAGGGUUGGAUGAAGCCAACUUGGAUUUUACAGACGUAGACUCUUUGAAGAAUGUCAACUAUUCUUCGAUAGACUAUCUGCAUCCUCCUUUCACCGCUGUCUGCUCGGCAUUCUACCAGAUGCAAGGAGUAUUGAAUACACUUAGCGGACCCGAUGGGCUCUGGAGAAACGAUGGCGAUUAUGCCAAAGCCCGCGCUGCAAUCUCUGUUCGAGAGAAGCUGGCAAUAAGCAUGGGCUACGUUGAAGAGAUUGAGGAUUACGUUGAUAUGCUCAACGCCAAUGUACUGGAUCCUAUGCUGAUAAGCUUUCGUGAUGUGAUAAGCGCUCUUCAAGACUUGUCUGCGAAUACCUUAUACGGAGAUGAUGACGACCAACGAAUCAAUCUUAAAGAAUUGAUAACAUCGACGAAGCUGGCACGUAGAUUAAGUCCCAUUUCUCUCAAUCUUCUCUCGUCUGCAGAGGCAGGCGAUAUUGGAAUUCCAUUCACCCUCAACUGCUGCCAACAACAUAUGCUAACAGAUGAUCAGUGGACUUCAAGUUACAGCCGAGCGAGGGACUUCUUCAACAAAUCUCUGCCGAUUCGUUUUCGAGACUGUGUUGGUGUCGCAGAGAUUACUGACAAUCAACUCAAGACCCAACUAGCUCCAAAAGGCACUGACUGGAACCAAGUUGUCAUGGGUUUCGAAAAGAUCGACCUUGACAGGCAGAAGCAGCUAUACAGCUUAAUUGCCCGUAAAGAUGACCAAAAAGACGCACCUACCAUCACAACCUACGGUGAUCCAAGCUCCACACCGGUAGGAGCUCGGGCACGUAUGUUGGAGUUACCUAAGUCAAGUCAGAAUGAAUUCGGCAGAGUCAGCAACUGGAACCAAACAAAAAUUGGUGACUACUACGAGAUUCCUGUUACUUUCGGCAACACAUAUACUACGAAGCCCAGUGUUAUCUGCUGGUUGGAGGGUUUCGAGGCUCAUACAACGAAGAACCUUCGUGUUCGUGCAGAAGUCAUUGGCAUCACUGAAAAAGGUUGCGUUAUGAGAGUCGGUAGUUGGGGGGAUACAGAGCUCGUCCACAUCAAUGCUGUCUGGUUCGCGCACGCUGCUGAUCACCCCCGCCUUUUUACUGGAGGUGGCAGUAUUCACAAAUACGGGCAACAUUCCGAUAUAUGGGCGCCUUUCGUGUCGGUGGACUUUCCAGAAGGAAAGUUUAAAAAGCGAAGACCUGAUAUCUUUUUGGCCAUUUCUCUUCUCGAUACCCAUUCCCAGUUCAACCCUAGAUGCGAGAUAAAGGCCACAAAUGUUACCCAACGAGGUAUGAAAGUGUCGGUUGAUCCUUGGUGGGACACAUAUUGCUAUGAGGCUCGUUUUUCAUGUAUUGCGUUUGAUCCAGACUUCUUUCAGUGUGCUUCGGAGAUUUAA